CACGGAGCAGGAAAUAGGUCAGUAAUGUAAGCAGUGACCAGGCAACUAGCCGCAGCCGCCCGCCCGCAGCCGUAACUAUGGGAUCUGACACCGCUGUUUAACCCGGGGAAGAGGCUGAGACUGAGACCAGCCGGCGUUCUGGUGGCUGGAGAAUUUGUUGGACGAUUUAAUUCCUACUUUGUGCAAGAGACCACCUCAGGAGACAGACAGACGGACAGACAGACGGAGGAGAGAAAGCAGAGAGAGAGAGAAGCAUGGGUUGUGCCAAAUCGAAAGACUCUGUGGACUUGCAAGAAAAAAGCUUACAUGAUCCGGUAGGCAAAUCUCAAACAGCUCUUUAUGUGAAAGACCCCACAUCCAACAAUCGUAACUCAAAUAAUUUUCCACCCACCAAUAAUUCAUCUUCAGGAGGAACCGAUGACAUGGUAGUGGUGGCUCUUUAUGACUACGAUGGGAUCCACGAAGGAGAUUUGAGUUUCAAGAAAGGAGAAAAGGUCAAAGUGAUCUCGCAACAAGAUGAGUGGUGGUUGGGAUUGUCUUUAGCAACCAAUCAGGAAGGUUACAUUCCAAGUAACUAUUUCGCCAAAGUUAACUCGCUGGAAACUGAAGACUGGUUCUUCAAGGGUGUCAGUCGGAAGGAUGCAGAGAGACAACUUCUGGCAUCGGGAAAUAAAAUUGGUUCAUUUAUGAUCAGAGACAGUGAAACAACCAAAGGGAGUUAUUCUCUCUCUGUUCGAGAUUACGACCCAACGAAUGGCGACACGGUGAAACAUUACAAGAUCCGUACUCUGGACAACGGCGGCUUUUACAUCUCGCCCCGAAUCACCUUCACCGACCUGAACGAACUCGUCAGUCAUUACAAGCACGUAGGGGAUGGCUUGUGCCAGAAGCUGACAAAGGCCUGCCUGAGUGAGAAACCGCAGAAACCGUGGGAGAAAGAUGCCUGGGAGAUCCCGAGGGAGUCCCUGCGAUUGGAGAAGAAGCUCGGAGCUGGGCAGUUCGGAGAAGUGUGGCUGGCGACAUUCAAAAACCACACCAAGGUGGCAGUGAAAACCAUGAAGCCAGGAACAAUGUCAGUGGAGGCUUUCCUGAUGGAGGCUAAUCUGAUGAAGGCUCUACAGCACGACAAGCUGGUACGGCUCAACGCAGUGGUGACCAAGGAGGAGCCCAUCUACAUCAUCACGGAGUUAAUGUCCAAAGGAAGCUUGUUAGAUUUCUUGAAGAGUGAAGAAGGGAACCGAAUACAGUUGCCCAAAUUGAUAGAUUUUUCAGCACAGAUUGCAGAAGGAAUGGCUUAUAUUGAAUCCAAGAACUACAUACACAGAGAUUUGCGGGCUGCCAAUAUUUUAGUGAGUGGCAUGCUGGUUUGCAAGAUUGCCGACUUUGGCUUGGCCAGGAUAAUUGAAGACAAUGAAUAUACCGCCAGAGAAGGUGCCAAGUUCCCCAUCAAGUGGACUGCGCCGGAGGCUAUAAACUUUGGAUCUUUUACAAUCAAGUCCGAUGUCUGGUCCUUUGGAAUCGUUCUCAUGGAAACCAUCACGUAUGGCCGCACCCCGUACCCAGGAAUGUCGAACCCAGACGUGAUCCGCUCACUAGAACACGGGUACCGGAUGCCUCGUCCAGACGUAUGUCCCACUGAGCUGUACGACGUCAUGAUGAAAUGCUGGAAGAACAAGCCAGAGGACAGGCCCACGUUUGAGUAUUUGCAGAGUGUCCUUGAAGACUUCUACACAGCCACAGAAAGCCAGUAUCAGCAGCAGCCAUAAUUACCAAGUGCCAAGUAUGGACAGAGAAUGGGUCUCCCAAGCCAUCCAUUUUAGUUUUGACUUUAUUGAGGUCUGCACUUGCAUUUUUUGCACCAUGUCCGAAGUGAGAAUGGUUUCUAACAUUAUCGACUGUAAGCAAUGUAUUUUCCACGUCAAAUAUUUUCAAUAACUUUUUUAAAAUAUGUAUUAGCAAAUGUUCUACGGAAACGUCAAACAAAUCAUUUGUUCGUUGAUGGCUGAACAAGAAGGUUUAUAUUUGCUGAAAUGCUCCAAAUAAUAUUGGUACUGUAGUUUCAUCCACAUCACCGUUUAUAUUUUAUCGUGCCCUAUUUUUAUAUUGAAGGCCGUACACCUAUAUGACCGUCUUGGAUAGUGUAGUCAACGGCCAGUCCCACUUACACGAUUUUCUUUCGGCGACUUGCCAGUACCCGUCAUGGUGGCAGCAGGUGGCCGAUGGUUUUCGACAUGUUGAAAAUCCAGCGGCCACCAGAAAAAGGUACGACUCUCUGGGCGACUGCUCGCGACCGUACAGGCUUCACCCCCGCGACAUGUCGACACGUGACGCCUGUAUGGCCGUGAGUCGUCUCCCAAAGAGACGUACCUUGUUCCGGUCGCUGCUGGAUUUUCAACAUGUUGGACAUUUUCAGUAACCUGCUGCGACUAUGACGGGUGCCGGCAGUCUCCGAAAAAAUCGCCUAAGUGGGACAGGCCCUUGACUUACACGACAACAUCCAUUGGGUUGUUUCAUCAUAUAGAAAAAUAAUUUAAUUACUUCCAAACCACACAAGGACCUUACAAUUUCAUUGUUCUAUCUGGGACACAUGACAAUAAAACACUCUUUAACAUAAUGCAUUUCUUUACAUAAACAGCUAUUUUAUUCACAUAGUGAUUUAGGAAAUAACUUAAUCUGUGUGGAUGAUGUUUUGAAACAUGUAUUCCAAAGUCUGUAGAGUGUAGAUGGUUUUUAUUUUUUAAAUCACUGAAAAUAACAAGCCUUCACGAUGAUCGUAAAUAUUUUCAAUAAAAGUUGUGCGGACCCGGUUUCACCGUUAACUAAUGGGAUGUCUGGCCGAAUCUUCCACUUUGUGAAGUUGCCAAUAUUACUCUUGCGACAGCAGUCACACUCGAUUUCCGCGCACUGAGCAGUGAUGUGUCUAGGAGCUACCUCUGUGUGAGUGAUGUUCUUAGUCCAAAGGUGAGACAAUAGACAAUAGGUGCAGGUGUAGGCCAUUCGGCCCAUCGAGCCAGCACCGCCAUUCAAUGUAAGGCCCCCAGUCGAAACAAAAUGCCAAAGGCCUGGGUUCAUUUGCCUGGAGGUUAAGGUUUUUAGUUUUGUCCCGUGCGGAGUUUGCACGUUCUCCCCGUGACCGCGUGGGUUUCCUCCGGGCGCUCCGGUUUUCCUCCCACGUCCCAAAGCCGUGCGGGUUUGUAUGUUAAUCGGCCCUCUGUAAAUUGCCCUUGGUGUGUAAGGAGUGGAUGGGGAAAGAGGGAUAACAUAGAACUAAUGUGAAUGGGUGAUCGAUGGUCGGCAUGGACCUGGUGGGCUGAAUGGCCUGUUUCAUUCAGACAGUCUUAAGCGACCAAGUCCAUGUGUAAAACUUGUGGUUGGUGUGAAUGGUGUCUUUCCUGAAUUGGGAACUGUACCUGCAAACAAAUGAGCCUUGGGAAAUAUUCUCCGCUCCACGAGAACUGGUGUCGGAGCAGAGAGAAUUAUCCCGAACACGAGCAGUUUUUCACGAGAUAUCUCCUGAAGCAAAACCAGUGAAAUAAUUCCACGCUAUUAAAUAAAAUAAAUCUAUUAACU